UGCGUGAGCAGUUUACGGUUCAUGCCAACUACCCCUUCUUCCUUUCUGUUACAUAUCCAUCUCUCCCCUAACCUGCUAAACCCUACCCAUUCUAUAUCUAUCCAUUCUAAAUCUAUAUAAUCAUAUAUAUACAUUUAAUCCUGAUUAGCAAUUCAAAGAGGAUAAAUUAUUUAAUUAUUGAUUAAUUGGUUAAUUACUUGGCAAUGGCGGAGAUAGGCGGCGGAAGAGGUAAGGUGAAGGGUUCAUGGACUCCAGAAGAAGACGCAAUUCUCGUGAAGCUGGUGGAGCAACACGGCCCGCGUAACUGGUCCCUAAUCAGCACCGGAAUACCUUCACGCUCCGGCAAGUCCUGCCGUCUCCGGUGGUGCAAUCAGCUCUGCCCGUCCGUGCACCACCGCCCCUUCUCGCCGGAGGAAGACACCGUCAUCCGGCGCGCGCACUCUGUUCACGGCAACAAAUGGGCCGCCAUCGCGAAACUCUUGCCCGGGAGGACGGAUAACGCGAUUAAAAACCACUGGAACUCCACGCUCCGGCGAAAGCGCACCGCCGGGGGCGGCGCGUUGGAGGCGGCUGCCGCUAAACGGGCGCUUGUGGACGAUUCGUCGGCCGAGUCACAGUCCGCGGUGAAGAGGGAGGAAUCCUGUGCGUCGCAGGAGUACAGUAGAAGCGGUGGGGGCGUUGAGGACGGCGAGCUGCGCCGCGGAGAUGCACCGGCGACUUUACUGUCAUUGUUCCCGCCGGGAGGAAAUCCUUUCGGUCAACCCGUCGGUGAAAAGUCAACGGCGGAAGAGGAGCCGUUGGGUAACGUAUCCGGUGACGGGACGAGUUUCUUAAGUAUCAUGCAGCAUAUGAUCGCGCAAGAGGUUCGAAGCUACGUUGACAAAUUACGGGCUUCUAAUGGGUUUGGGCCUGACUUUAAGCCCGAUGUUUAACAAUUGCUCUGAUUGUUCAGAGUUCUGUAAAUUUGCGCGUCUUGAUGGGCCAAAUUCCGUUUUCACUUGUAAUUACAAUUUCAAAUUCCUUUUCUAUGGGCAUGUUGCAGUGUUGUUUGUCAGUGAAUAUAUUUGUGGUAUUAUGUUUUUGCAUAGAUUUAAUUAAAAAAUAUAAUAGUUUCCGUUUUAAAA